AAGCAACACAAAAAUGUUAACCGCGAAUCCUUCUACUGGAGUGAUGUUAACUUGUUUACACCAGUUCAAGGACUGACAGCGUGCGGGUAGUACAUUAGUAACUGUUUGAGUCCAGUAUUUGAAGCAGUGUGCUUCACAGAUCAGGACAUACUCGUUUUAUUCAGUUUGUACCAAAUAUUUAAAAAUGCUGAUUUUGCUUUCGUGGUGUAUAACAUUUACAUUACUUGUUUGCGCUGAAGGAUACACUCCCAAGGAAUUUGCCAUCAAAGCUGGUGAUAAGAUGACGAAUCUAACUAACAAGUUUUUCGCAUGGGACUAUGGCGGAUCAAUAAUAUUUGACGGUCUUUACCGAUGUGACAAGACAUUUGGGACAAAUUACAAACCGCUUCUAAAUACAUUUCUGAACAAAUAUAUAACAGACCCGAAUUCGUUUGGCUACAAAGUUCAACACAAUAUAUCUGUACCAUUCUACCAUGCUGUAGGAGACAGAAUUGGCAUGUUCCCCGUUGCCUACCUGAACAGAGCGUCUGAACAGUCUAUUACGACAGGCCCUGACGUAGAUCUCGCCUUAGCAGUUGCAGAACAGUACGUUCUUAAGUUUCCAAUUAGGCUUUCUGAUGGAACAUUUUCGCGCAUAAGAGGAUGGAAAGGAAAUAACUUCACCACUUCAACAUAUCUUUGGCUAGAUGAUACCUAUAUGGGCUUCACGCUUUUAGCUCGCUUGUCCCGGAUGUUCAAAAAUGAAGAAUAUGCCAAAUUCAUCGCCAAACAACGCAUAUCUUUCAACAAGCAUCUUCAGGACCGAAAUGAUGGUUUGUUUUUUCACGGAAUGAACACGGUACCCAAGACCCUGUCUUGCUGCAAAUGGGGUCGCGCCAAUGGGUGGAGUAUUACGGCUUCUGUAGAGGUCUUGUUGACCUUAAUACCCUUCAAAGAAAGCCUGAAGAGCGAAUGGAAUGCCAUAAUGGAUAGCUUCAGAAGACACGCCAGAGGGAUGGUCAAGCAUCAGUCUUCAGACGGAAGAUGGCACCAGCUCGUGGAUGAUGACACGUCUUUCCUGGAAACAUCCUGUACAGCGAUGACCCUCAGCUCUAUAGCAAGGGCGGUUAACGAAGGGUGGUUAGACAGAAAGGAAUUCGAAGAAAACUUACAUCGAGGAUGGAAAGGUCUGCAAACAGUCUUGAAAGCUGAUGGUACUGUUAAUGGCGUGUGCGUUGGAACAGGAAUACUGCCAGCUCCCAUUGAUUACAGAAACCGAGGAACUAGCUACAUACAAACCAGGAAUGGCGGGAUAGGUUUCGUGUACCAUGCAGCUGUAGAUUAUCACAACUUCCUGGCGUCAUCUGCCGUCAAAAUCGUCAACGGACAAUACCUACUUUCUGUGCACGUUGCGCUAACACAAGCAGUCUACAUAUAUAUUAAUUAUCUUCUGUAGCAGUGUACAUACAUAUUAAUUAUUUUCUGUAACAAUUUACAUAUAUAGUAAUUAUCUUCUAUAGCAGUCUGCAUACAUAUUAAUUACACACACACACACACACACACACACACACACACAUAUUAAUUAUCUCCUGUAACAGUCUGCAAUCUAUAUUAUAUUGUUUUUAUAAUGUACAUGUAUAAUAAAUGUAUAAUAAAAGUAAUACUUUGU